CAUUAGCUAUCUUAGCUAACUAGCUGCAGAUAUCUGGAUAAUAAUAUCCGAACUUCAGCUGCUUCACUUUACCACAGAUUUGUUUUGGCCUCCUGAUACUCUAACUGACCAGCUAACGGAAUUCCUGGACGUGAGGCGGGACAGCCGCGCUGGUUUACCGGUAGGCGACAUUCCCGUUUUAGUCGCACUUUCUGCGUCCGUGUUGGUCUUCAGCGUGAUGGAGAGCUACGCGGAGUUCCGCGCGGGGAGGCUGGACGGGCUGCGCGCGCAGGCUCGGUGCAGCACGCGACGUGACCCCCGGGGGGCGCUGUCCACCCUCCAGUUCCACGGCAAACACCUGCCGCUGCCAAGGCUCAGUGAACACCAGCGGUCAGAGAUGGCUAAACAGAGGCAGAAAGCUGUGGACAGAGAAAGGGAGAGAAACACACUGAAAAACAGCUCUCUCCUGGUCCAGCUGCAGAAGAAGCGAUAUGGGGCCCAUGGUCGAGUGGAGCAGGAUGCAGACUCCUCCCCUUUGGGCCCUCAGGCUCCGCCCCCCAGUAGGACACGCCCAGCCAGUCAGCCUUCACCCAGCGCAUGGCGAAGGGACACCCUCAGGCUCCUCAACCGUCGGAUGGAGAGAACUGGGAUAGGAAGCGAGGAACGGAGGGAGGCGGAAAAGAUGAGCGGAGCUGCGACGACACGGAGUGACACAAAGCAAGAGGUGGGGGAAGAGUGUGACCCCCGUAAGGGCAAAGCGAUGCGUGUACCGGAGUGCCCUCUAGUGGCAGAGUCUGGAACUCAUGUCACUUCCGCAGACCUCAGCUGCAGUGUGGCCCCCCAGUUGCCUGGCUCUCUGCUGUCUAGCCUGUCUGUUUGCGCCAGUCUGAUGGGCUCGUACGCCCAGCUGCCCAGCCCUCAGCCCAGCGGCAGUCCGGUCCGGCACCUGCAAAGGCCACGCGCGGCGUCUGCCGGCCGCAUCCUGAUCUCAGCCCCUGUUAGUGAGUCGGAGCUCCGCCCACACGGGCUCAACAGGCUAGUCGCCGCCCAGUCUGAUCUACACUCGUCAGAAAGCCCCGGAAACAGAAUCCCGCCACGGGAGUGUCAGUCAGAUUCCUCGGUGUGUAUAAUGCCGCCCACUUCUGGUGGGGAGUGGGACUGCAGUUGCUCUGAGCUAAGUGGUACCAGGCUUACCUCCAUCAGCACGUCCACACCCAGGAGAGCUGUCAUCCUACCUCGCGCUGCCCCGCCCACCCAGCCUGGGACGGCCCCGCAGAGACAGCACAACGGCGCCCCCUGUCCGCGUUCCCGGCCAGCUCCUCUUAACCAGUCCUAUGACGUCGAGGGCCCCUACCCUUCCUUGCUAAGGCCACAGGUGAACUCAGGCACGGAGUCCCCUGCAGUGCCUAGCCAACAGAGGCCAGUGCUGGGAGGAUGGCAACAGCGCCCCCUGGUGGACGAGAUAACCCUGGGGUCCCUAGCUGAUGCCGUACCUCAGGAUAAAGCACUAGAUGAGAAGAUCCAACAAUCUGAAGCCCUGGAUCAGCAUUUUGGAGGAGAUCACCCUCACCACCUCUCUAACCUACUCAAAGAACAGGAAAAAGAGACACAGCACCUCCUGCAGGGGGCAUUAUGUCGCCUGACUGCAGUGGCACGAGGUUUCCUCACACGCAGACUCCUCCAAACAGACAAGAUACAAAACCUGCACAAGAUCAUACGAGACUCCAGGGAACUGAUUCGUUCUUUCCAGUGUGACUCCCAGCGGAAGAGGGCUUCCUUCACCACUCAAGAUCUCUGUUUGCAGCGCAGGGUUAGAGCACAGCUCCACACAGCCUUGCGUGACGUGCAUGACAUCUUCUGUGUGUGGCCUCUAAGAGACAAGUUAGCACUACUGCAACGCAACAGAGAGCUACAGACCGAACAGAAACUGAGAGAAAUGGAGAAAGCCAGGAGACCACGUGACGGACCCACCCUGACUUCUGCUACACAAAAGUCUCUGGAUCGGCGGAGGACAAGCAAAAAAAUCCCAAAGAAAACAAAGACACCCCCAGAAAGGGAUCUGCUGCCAGCUCAGAGCCAGACUACAGUCCUGUCUUCUCAGAAGUUCAAAGCAGCGAGAGUGGUGAGAAGGCCAGUGGAAAGCUUCAGAGCUCAUCUCUCACUGGGCUAGAUGACAGAAGGAAGCCUGGAUCUGUUAAACCACAGCAGAAACCUGGAAACUGUUGCAGCUACUGUGUAGAAAUGAAACAAACCCAGUGCCUUCCCGUUCAUCUCGCACAGAAAACCACACAUUACAGCGGUGACUCAACAAGAAGUGUGUUUGUUUGUUUGUAUAACUGCAGAUUUAUUUGCUCAUGUCCCCUGUAGGUGAUUUGUUUUUCUAGAGGGUCCUUGUUUUCUGUAUUCCCUCAAUGUAGAUGUGGGAAACCCGCGAUGUAACCUUCUUCACCGCCGUUCAUUAAAGGUUUUACACAUGCGACCCUACCCGGUUUGCAUUGCAACUUUGUGCGAUUAUUUUCAUGCAGCGCUUAACUUCACACGCGAAAACUGCAAAUGAAUGGGGUUUUUUUUGCCUAACGAAUGCUAAAAUUUACUUCCGUUUG